CGCGACACCCGCGCGGCAACCAAUCGGCACUCCGCAGUGCCGCGCUCGGCAGCUGCCCGACGCAACGUACCUUCUAACCCCACGCUCCUCGAAAACCGAAAAAUGGCAUUAGAAAUACAACUAAUCAACCAAAUAGAGAAACAUGAACUACUUUAUAACUUCAACCUACCGGAGUACAAUCGGAAAGAUAUGGUGGAGGACGCGUGGGCAAACAUCGCGGCGAAUACAAACAUGUCAAUCAGCGAUUGCAAGGAAAAAUGGCGGAACAUCAGAUCAUCGUUCCUAAGAAGCAUGAAACCCAGCGGAUACAAGGUCAAGAAACCUUACUACCUGUCCGAAUAUUUAAAGUUCAUCCUACCUUUUCUAAAACCUAUAAGCGGUAUUGAGAAUCAAGAGGACCAGUACGACUCACAACAGAACAACACCAACGAGGUUGGCGUAGUCGUAGACUUCAUAAAGGCAGAACCAACCGAUGUUGACAACGAGGAGAAUAUAGAAAACAAUGCUGACAACACAAUCCUUAGCGAUCUACUUUCGCGCAAGACGGCAACCUUACGAAAACGGAGGAGGUUCAUACCAAAGAAAAACUGCACAGAGAUCAGGAAUAGAGGCAAACUUCUGACGUCAUCAAUGCAAAGGAAUUACAGUACUGUGCCCGAUUUGAACGCGAGCAAUAAUAACGCGAUGAGAAUGUUCCUCAUGAGUCUUCUGCCAGAAUUGGAGACAAUGACAGAAGAUCAAGUGAGGAUGUUUAAGAUUAAGUCAAUGAUGCUUAUAGAUGAGAUAAAAGUGAAUUAUACGCAGGUGAGGAAAGACUUGCAGUCCAAUAGCAAUGAGCGGUUACAGAAAAGACUUAUUAAUCUCCUUCUAAAGAAUUUGCAAUCUAGUAGUAAUGGGAGUGAGAAUUAGUUGUGGCAUCUUCUAGUUAUUGAAAUGGUUAAGUGUAAGUUAGAAUUUCGAAUGUAAAUUAAUUGUGUUCGUCAGAAAAUGUUAUAAACAAAAUAAUAGAAAUGUGACACCUUCAGACCAUUUGUAGACAGGUUAAAUUGUGUAUGUUUUUUUUUGUGUGUAUUAAUUUGAUCAUGGGCGUUUCAUUGAGAAAAUACCAGAAUAACAAACAAAUGAGGUUUAUUAGAUGAUGAAAAUCUUUCGUUUAUUUCCUUUUAAGAAAAUAAUGCUACUAUAAAAAUAUUUUAUAGAAAAUAGAACUUAGUCCAAAAUUCACUUAAUUACCUAGGGACUGAGAUUAUAAUAGAAUUACUUAAAUAAGUCUCUAUACUUAUGUGGGACUAAUCUUACUAACUUAUAAUUCAUGACCAAAAAUAAUGAAGGCGUACAUAAAGAAAAAUAAAUGUUAGAAAAUUUAAGAAACUUAGAAAAAUAUGCUAAAAGACUGUUGUUAAAUAUGUGUUAAAGCGUAUAUAUGCAUACGAAACUCAAAUACUGAGUCGCUAUUAAGUCUCGUGCUGCCUCUGUCAUUAUAAGGUGUAAAUAAGAGAUAGGAAGAGAUUUAAGAACUAAAGUUGAGAUAAAGUAUUGGAAGUUGAUUGUAAAUAAUAAAAAAAGAGAUAUGAGUGUAAACUCUUUGGACUUAUAUGACAUUAUAACUGUACUGUUUAUUAAUUAGAUACAUAUAGUAAAGUCAAAAUAGUCGAUAUAAAAUGGCAAGUUGGCAAAGAGUUGAGAAUUGCGUGAUAAAAAUGCGCAUGGAACAUAUUUUGAACAUUUGUUUUUAUUUGUAACAGUCUUAUCGUUAGGAAAUUGAUAUUUAUGUGAUGGUAUAUUUUAAAUCUCAGCUCUAUAACAAUUUAUGCAAACUAAAAUGUCUAUUUAAACUUUUAAUUAUGAUUGUGAAAAAGGUAAGGUACAAAUGUGUUUUUGCUAAUUACUAUCAGAUAUAUAAUGAAUGUUCUUAUAACCGUAUUUUUCCUUAGAAAAACAAUUCAAAAAUCACAAUUAAUAAUUUAAACAUUGUAACUUUUGUCGUCUAAUAUGUAAAAUACUUUUUGCUUUAUGCUUUCCUUUAAGGUACAUGCGGGUUGACGUAAAAACGUAGGUAAACGAUAACAGUCCAAUGUGACAUUCUAAAAAUGAAAAGCCGGUGUAUCUUUGUAAAAAGACUGUCCUAAGAUUUUAAUUAAAUAAAAUACUAUAUAAAAAUAUUUUUAAAA